GUUUGUAAGCAAAAUACUUGUAAUACCCAACUAUCCUGAUCUGCUGUUGUCAGCUUCUGGGGACUCGACUCUGAGACUUUGGGAGUACAAAAGCGGGGAAGAAGUGUACUGCUGUCAUCUAAGUAGUAUCUGUGGGCUCGAGACAACCAAAACCGACCAGAAAUACCCUGUGUCAAGAAUCACCUACUGCUGUCAAGGUGCUUAUGUUGCCAUUCUCUGUGACUGUAUUCCCACAGUCUACAUCUUUCAGCUCGAUUCCAUUGCCAAGCAGCUAGUUUACAGACAACAAAUCUCUUUGAAACAUAAAAUCUGGGACAUUGCAUUUGAGGAAAUGGGAGACCUGUGGAUUUUGGAGGAAGACAGUGAAGCUCCUCUUCAGUUGUAUAGACCGUGUGAUGGAGAGUGGAAGACUGUAACUGAUGACAAAGGAUUACAGAAGAUGUCAAAAUAUCUUCAAGACAACUGUAUGGUGUUUGAAGGUUUUGUUGGCUCAGAGAGCUACUACAGCAGUCUCUACAAGGCUUCGUUUGAUAACAUGGCUGCCUACUUACAGAAGAAAGAGGAAAGGUUACAGCAGCAGAAAAAGAAAAGGCAGGAUCUGCAGUGUGGCUCGAAUGGACAAACAAAAAAGAUCAAGACUGCAGAGUCAUCGCUAUGA